AGACUGAAAAAUUAUGUCAGCUCGGAGAAGGAGCUUGUGGAUUUUGUAACUCUGGAGCAGAGGCAGGGGCGGACCCAGGGGUGGACUGACAACUCAUGGAGCCCCCGGGCAAUAGAGGAUCAUGGGGCCCCUGUGUCUUUGCCCAAACUCAAAAAAAGCCUAUGAAAAAGGUACCAGGGGCAUCUCAUGGGGCCCCCUACUGACCCCGGGCCCUCGGGCAGUGCCCGAGUUUCCAAAUGGUCAGUCCGCCCCUG